AUGGCGGGGGACUCGCGCCGGGCGUCGCUGCAGCCUUCGCUGCACCAGAUGCACCAAACGGCCUCGCGCUCCGACACCCUCACCACCUUUGACGACUUCACCGUCCCUCCCGCGCCCUCUGUCGUCGGCGAGCCCAAGGGAAUCGAUCUGGUCCAGGGCGGCUUCAGUGGCCUGUACAGCCGGCUGCGAGCCUCAGUGGGAGGUGGCAGGGAACAAACGCAACAUGGCCAGGGCAGCAAAGCUGGCACACAACCGGCGUCUAGGCAGGCCGCCGCCAAUUCAAGCCCUGCUGGCACUUCGGUCUCAUCGCCCAUUGUCGCCUCUGGACCGUCGUCGAGGCUGCAAUCCCCAGCCACAGCCACUUUUCCUGAAACACUGCCUCCCUCGCGAGACUCCAACAUGUCGAGUGCGACAAUGACAAGCAAGGCCUCUCUUUCUACCACCCGGUCCCGCUUGUCCAUCACUCCCAGCAUCGAGCCUGGGCUCGCCGCCAGACAAGAAGACUCGCAUGUUUUGAGCCCCGUCAGCACGCAAUCCAAGUCCCAUGGCGCCGCCCACAUGGACCCACUGCGAAAUGCCGCAGUCACAGCCGCCCAGAAGCUGGACUCCCCCCGGUUUGCGACCAACCGAGAGGAUGCUGGUCGAAGACAAAAGAGUGACUUUGACCCGGCACUUCACGAGGGAGACGAUGCAGGCGAAGAUGAUAUGGCGGCUGUGAGAGGUGAAGGCGCUGCGAGCGAGAGUGCCAAGUUCAAGAGUUCAGCAGACUCAUCCCGUGAAAGUUUAAAUCGUGUCGCCUCGCGCGCGGAUAGCCAAUACCAGCCUCCUCGCUCUGCAUCCAGCAAGGCGAGAGAUCAGCUUGAAGCGUCUGCAGAGGGCGCACAGCCCAGUCACGCGGCUAUGAAUUCCCAGUCUUCACUGCAAAAUCCCGAUCAGCAACGUCCGCCCCUAGUUUCUGUUGGCCCCUCACACCUUCCAGGCUACAGGCCCUCAAGAGCUUCCUCUUCCGACGGCGUGAGCUCUGUCGUGACCUCCUCCACCAUCCGCACUCCCACUGUCCCUCCAAUCGAAGAGAUCCAACGGCGAGCUCAAGCUGCCCCCGCUGGACAAACCGUUUCACGCAGCACCUUUACCCAAAUGCGAAGAAAAAUCCUGGAUCGUGAGUUUUGGAUGCGCGACGAGAAUGCCAAAGCCUGCUUCUACUGCGGCGAUGCCUUUACAACCUUCAGGCGCAAGCAUCACUGUCGGACAUGUGGCCAAAUCUUUGAUUCCAAGUGCACCUCGAUCGUGUCUGGGAAGAUGUUUGGCCAGGCGAGCAACCUCAAAGUGUGCAAGCCGUGUGAAAGCAUCAUAUACGGCCACGAUGACGACUCGUCCGACUUUACGGAUGAAGGUGACCAAGCUUCAUUGUACGAUCAUGGCGACCAGGUCCAGUACUCGGAUAACGAAGAUCCUGACUACGUUGAAAGCGAUCAUACCAAGAUUGGGACGCCUACCAUUAGCAUUCCCAUGUCCAGAAAGAUUGGCAGUGAGAAGAAGCGUCGUUCGCAUGUCAUAGAAGUCGGUCCUCCGACACUGGCUCGGCCAAGUUCCUCGCGCUCUCUACGCUCCAUGGCACGCCCGCGCUCCUCUAGUCAUAAACGCCACACCACGAAACAUCAACACAUGCGAAACUUCAAACUAGACGACCGCGCACCUUUCCACCAAUAUCAUGACAACUCACGCAGCCAACCCAGUCUGUCCGCUUUUCACCACGACAACAUCAUCGACCCAGACCUUGCGCCAUUCAUGUCUGACGAGGGUUCGAGUGAAGAAGAGCACGCCAACAUUUUUGCAACGCUGAGGGAAGAUCCUGCGGCUAAUGCAAACCUGGACAGUGAGAAGGGUGGCCUGGGUGGCCUGUUAGCUGCAAUGAGAAAGGGAAAAUCAAGAGCCGGUGAUAGAAGUGCCGUUAGUACAGGGCCCGCUCGAGAUGCUGACAACAUCAGCAUCACAAGCCGAAAUGGUAACCGGCCAUCUCGGCGGAGGAACCUUAGCGUGAGCAGCGUGACCCAUAGGGCCUCACCAAGGAGAUCCAAGAGCAGCACCUUGUUGAGGCCAUACACUGGCUAUGGUGCCAGUGGGCCAGGCACACCGCAAAUGCAGCCAUCUCCCUCACCGACACCCUUAGGGUCGAGAAUCACACGCAGUCCGUCAAUGCAGGGUAUGACGCCCAAGGUGGAACUCAACAAAGCCAGCCUUGACCAUGCCCGAAAGCUGCUCAUUCAGAUGCUCAAUGAUGCAGGCGUACCACACGCAUCCAGCUGGGAAAAAGCCCUGGUCCCAAUAUUGCGGCAGUGCACAGAUGAUGUCAAUCCUGAUGUGGAUCGAGGCGAUGACAUUGAUGUACGGAAUUAUAUCAAGCUAAAGAAGAUUCCAGGGGGCAAGCCAAAGGAUACAGCCUACAUUUCUGGCGUGGUCUUUACCAAGAACGUCGCCCUGCGGAGCAUGCCACGUAGCAUACCCAAUCCUCGGAUUGCAAUCAUAACCUUUGCAAUCGAGUACGCACGACACCAAGCGCAUUUCAUGAGUCUGGAGCCCGUCAUUGCACAGGAGCGUGAAUAUCUCCGUAAUCUUGUCAGUCGUAUAGUCGCGCUCGAACCACACGUUUUGCUCGUGCAGCGUAACGUGUCCGGCCUCGCACUCGAAUUCUUAGAGCAAGAAGGGAUAGCUGUGGUCCACAACGUCAAGCCAACAGUACUGAAUGCGGUUGCCCGGUGCACGAAUUCCAGGAUGAUCUCGUCUGUUGACAAGCUCGCGAUAGACCCCUCUCAUCUAGGGUCUUGCGGCAGCUUUGACGUGAAGACAUAUGUGCAUAACAAUGCAAAGAAGACUUACAUCUUUCUCUCUGGAUGCCAAAAGGAGCUUGGUUGCACAAUUGUGCUAAGGGGUGCUAAGAAUCAGGAACUCACAAGGUUGAAGCGCAUCACCGAGUUUAUGACUUAUGUUGUGUAUAACCUUCGCCUCGAGACCUGUUUGAUGCGAGACGAGUUCAUAGACACACCCACAACAUCCAUAACUGGUACUCUCUCCUCUAGCAGUGAGCAAGACGAGCAACAGGCCAAGAAUUCCGGGGCUGACUCUACCACUCAACGACCAGACGCUGUGGGCGACGGCGACGGUAAUCAGUCCAACGAUGCCGCACCCUCUUACUACAGCGAUAUGGUUGAAAACCAUCGCACCAAGAUUCUCUCCUCAUCGCCAUUUGUCAAGUUUAUGCAGCCCUAUCUGCUUGAACAAGCCCGCCAGUAUGAAGCGAAACUCGGUCACCUGAAGAAGCUCAAGAACCAGUACACCGCUGAUGGCCACGAUGAAGAGAAGCCAGGAGAGAUGGGUCAGAAGUUUGAGCUUGUGCAGCCCGAGAUGGUUCACACGGUCGUCGAAAAGGCCUCCAAACAGGUCCGAGAGUUCUUGUCAGCAGUGCAUGCAUCGGAAUACGACAGAGCAAUGCAGCAGUACAUGACGCAGCGACGCCAAUGGGAGCAAUACCUGUCGGGAAACACGGAUCUGUACGACCCAUUCAACCAUCAGAAAAUCGCUGUUCUGUACAGUGUGGUCAACACGACAACCUCUACGCCCUGUAUCGGACCUGAGAUUAUUGCCCUUGGCUUCUACCAGGAACACGACUACGACGACGGUUUCACACCAGACUGCACUCUGGGACAGUAUGUGGAAGACUUGUGUACUUCGGCCGGUGUUGCUUGCGAAGUCGGCAACUGCGAUCGAAGGAUGCUCGAUCAUUCGCGUCAAUAUGUGCACGGAGAAGGCCAAAUGACUGUGAUUGUUCAAAAGCAUCCUCCCAAGCUUAAGGGAAUGUACCAAACCAUUCUCAUGUGGAGUUGCUGUCGGAUAUGCGGCCAAGAAACCCAGGCCUUUCCCAUGUCGGAAUGGAGUUGGAGGUACUCUUUCGCCAAAUACCUCGAGUUGACCUUUUGGAGCACCCCGCUGCAUCCCCGAGCUGGCGUAUGCCCGCACGACAUUCACAAGGAUCACGUUCGCUACUUUGGGUACAACAACGUUGCUCUCCGAAUUCAAUACGACCCUGUGCCCAUGUACGAGGUGAUUGCGCCCAAGCCAAACGUCACGUGGAAGGUGGACAGCGACCUGAAGCUGAAGAACAGUCAGUAUCUCAUGAUCGAGGAGAAGCUGGAUCGCUUCAUGGCCUCGCUCCGUGCCCGCAUCCAGGGAAUACAUGUGGAAGACGUUAUUCCAGAAAAGGUUGAUUUGUGUCGGAAAGAAGUCGAUCUCCUUCUGAAACGCGCAAACGAAGAGCACGAGUGGUUGAAAGCCAAGCUUCAAGACAAGUACAUGAGCUCUAAGUACUACGAAAUCAUUCCCAUGAACCGCGCGAUCCGUGCCAUUCAGGAAAAGGCCAUCGCCUGGGAUGUGACGUUUACGGAGUUUGAGCAGCAAUUCUUUCCGUCUGAGCGCGAUAUCAGAAGGUAUGCAAACAUGCAGCUCAAGAGGUUCCUGGAGCGAGACGACUCGACGAGCUCACUAGCAUCUGUCGAAGAGGGCACAGAGUCGGGUGCGGACGAUUCGUACAUUGAUGAGAAAGACGAGUCGAUAGCAUUGUCGCCUAGGCCGUCCAACAUGUCUCCUGAGAUGGCUCGUGACAUGUUGAGCUCUGUGGUUAAAGAAGAGAGUUCGACUUGCGACACAUCCAACGAGACGCCUACGACGCCUGACAGCAAGACUCCUACUUCUCCAAAAGCGGCCGCAGAUUUGCCAAUCCAGACGACUCGCGAGGCAAUUGAACGAGAAGACGUACGCCAUUUGGAUCUGGCCGUGUCCUCCAAUUUCCCAGAUAACCCGCCUGUUGCCAGUGAGGACUUGAACAUUAGUCCCACUGUUGCUUCCGACCCUACCGGAUACGACGAAGGAUCGCCGACACCUACAAGCCCCCCCAAGGUCAACCCUAUUGACAAGCAUGUUGCAGAAGCGAUUGACAAUAUGCCCACCAGUCCCUCGCCUUUGUCCUCUUUCCAAACCCCGUCUACGGAGAGCAAGAUUCCUCGUCCGGUUGAGACCACUAAACGGGAGACUCCCCCAAGGCCAACAACACUCGUCAGAACACAAUCACAGCCAGGAGGUAUCGUCAAGCAUGUAGGCACCUUUCCAGGAUCGGCAGCUUUCAACAACUCGCCCACGACGCCAAAGGCUAUCGCUAAUGACAACGCCAAGGCGUUUGAACGCAUGACAGAGCGACUAGGAAUAGGCAUGGGUGCUCCUAAGCAAACCAAGGCUUCCUCACGCAUCCCGCGGUCUAUCCCCUACAAGAGCCAGACCAAGGUGUCGAAGAUUGCGCAGCACUUUGAGCAGUUGUCGAGAGAAUUCCAGAACCAGCGUAUGCGCGAACGACGUAAUGAUCGCGCUAGGCAAGUGCGUGCCUUUCCACUGGCGUCUUCCAAGCCCGUUGUCGAGGUAUACAAGAAUGUGCACGAUGCUGUGCAGGAGAACGAGGAUUCUGACGAAGAUGUACCUGCCGAAUCUCCAUCCAGGGCUAGCCUUGACAACAGCACUCUGGAUAACAGCACGUUUACGGAGCACACAGGUGACACAACAACAGCGCCUCAAUCACCAAUCGAAGAGCGGCAAGGCAAAGAUGAAAUGUCGGAAACUCUCGAAGGCGCCGAAUCACCCAAAUCCCAAGGCCGCUUCCCUUCGGACAUGGACAACGACAUGAGUGAUACCGAGACUACCCCAGAGGAUAUUCCCCUACCCGACAGCCUCGCUAGUUCUCAGCUCUUGAACCUAAGUGACUCUCAACUGGAGAAUUCGCUGGAGCUGCCCAAGCAUGAGAAGAACACGCUGCUCAAGAUUCUGACAAGCUUUUGGUCUGAGCGAUCGGCUAGUGGCUGGACACCGCUCGAGUACCCGUUCUCGCAGAUUGAGCAUGUGUGGGAAAACUCGGAUAUUAUCAUUCGAGAGGACGAGCCUAGCUCCAUCAUCGCCUUGGCUUUAUCCUGCCCCGACUAUGUUGCCAAGCGACAAUCAUUCCGCGAGUUGGGCACAGGACCCGACGGCCACGUGGAGACUUUUGAAGAAUCGGUUGAGCGUAACCUGCUGCACGAGGAGAAUCACAACAUUCGCUACAGUUUUACCAACCGUGGCGUGAAAGCGCAUUGUAAGAUUUUCUAUGCGCAGUCGUUUGAUGCCCUCCGCCGCAAAUGCGGUGUUGCUGAACGUUUCGUCGAGUCUCUGUCGCGGUGUUCCAAAUGGGAUUCCAAGGGCGGAAAGUCCAAGUCCAUUUUCUUGAAAACGCUCGACGACCGCUUUGUCCUCAAGUCGCUCUCUCCGGUAGAAGUCCAAGCCUUCUUCAAAUUUGGCCCCAACUACUUUGCCUUUACGCAUCAGAACCUCUUCAAGUCUCUGCCCAGCGUCAUUGCGAAGAUGUUUGGUCUUUUCCAGGUGCAGAUCAAGACACCUACUGGCCGAGACUUUGACUGGUACAUGCUCAUCAUGGAAAAUCUUUUCUAUGACCGCGAACCCAACCGGCGCUAUGACUUGAAGGGCAGCAUGCGCAACCGCAAGAUUCAAGCCACGGGUGAGCGCGACGAGGUGCUCCUUGACGAAAACCUGGUGGACAUCAUCUACUCGGAAACGCCCAUUUUCGUUCGCGAACACACCAAGAAGCUGCUCAAAGCUAGCGUCUUUAACGACACGCUGUUCCUCUCGCAAAACAAUGUCAUGGACUACUCGCUCAUGGCUGGCUUCGAUGACACGAACCGCGAGAUUAUUGUCGGCAUCAUCGAUUGCAUCCGGACGUACACGUGGGACAAGAAGCUAGAGAGUUGGAUCAAAGACCGUGGCAAGAACAAGCCGACAAUCACAUCGCCUCGCGAUUACCGAAACCGGUUCAGGAUUGCCAUGGAAAAGUAUAUUCUGCAAGCGCCCAACUGCUGGCAUCAGUUCAGUGGUAGGCUGGUGGGUCAGGGCAUAGAUGGGCGUAGAAACAUGGCAGAUGGAGCUGCGCAGCCCGCGGAUCAUGGACACAAGAGAGAGUUUAGCAUAUCGAGCACAACAGGAUCGACAGGUGGAAGGGAUAUGGGUGCGACAUUGGCGUGGGGGGUGAAUCCACGAGAUGGAAGGAGAAUUUGAAGAGCUUGAAGUAUGAGAGAUGAUUGGCUAGCAUAGCGUUGGUG